AUGAAUUACUAUGCAAUUUUAAUUUUCCCUUUAUAUGUUCUGAGCGCUGAUAUGCAAUCGGAAGCACUACUGUUGCUCAACAAUUUCUACCAAGAAAUCAGUGGCAAACACAAUGCUUUUUACGAACUCUAUGAUCUUAUCUUUAUUUUCUCAAACUCCACAGGCAACUUGCAGAACUCCCUAGUCCUUCUCCUCAAUAACACUCACACAAAUUCCACAUCAUUACAUUACAUUGUCUUACUCCCCCCCCCCCCCCUCCGUGAGCGAACAAAAAAAUUUUGUUCGCUCACGGAGGGGGGUUAAUUUUUUUUUUUAAAAAAAAAUUUAUAUAUAAAUUUUAUAUAAAAAAUAUUUUUUCGAAAUUUAAAAAAAAAUCCUAAUUUGCAAAAAUUGGGAAGCAAAUAUUAAUUUAAUUUGCAAAAUUUAUGUUUUAAAACGCAAUUUGUUUAAAAUUAAACAGAAUUAGCUCUAGAUUUCAUUAUACUAAUUAUCACUUAUAUAUCAAAAUUUUUUUCCAUUAAAAUUUUUUCUAUUAAAAAAAUUUUUGUUCACUCACGGAGGGUGGGUUUUUGGUCAAAAAAUGGCGAUUUUUCUAAUGGUUUUGUUCGCUCACGGAGGGGGGGGGGGGAGUUAGAAAACUCUUCUCCAAACUCUACUGAGCUUAUUAUGCAUGUUUCUCCAAUAUUUAAUACUUUACUUCCCCAUCCAUGAGCGAACGAGCCCAUUGGAAAAUCCCUAUAUUUUUGUUAAAAAACUGCUUCCUGUGAGCGAACAAAAAAAAAAUUUUUUGCUAAUUCUGUAGAAUUUUAAGUAGAUUGCAUUUUAAAACGUAAAUUUUAUUAAUUUCUGCCUUCCAAUUUUUGCGAAUCGGGGUAUUAUUACUAUGUAAUGUUUUUUUAAAAAAUUAACUCCUGAGCGAAUAAAAUUUUUUAUUCGCUCAAGUAGAGGGGAAUUAGAAAGUGACAAAAAAUACCUGACUGAAGCUUUAUUCAGCUUUUUCGACGCAAGUGAGUUGCAUUUUGAUAUUUUGGUCCCACCAAAGAGACAAGACUUUAAAAAUAACGAAAAUCUCAGUGAAUCUGUAAAAAAUCUGGCUUUUAUCAAUGCGGUUAUAUCUUAUAAAAAUAAAACGUUUUCAGCAAAUUUAUUAAUUGACAAGAACAGAAUAAUAAAGAAGGAUUUUUGGGAAAUUCCUCCUAUUAAUGAAACUAUAACUUAUUUUUAUAAGCCUACGUCAAAUCCCAUAACUUUCUUUGUCGUUUUUACCAUAGUAAUUACUGCGGCUUUAAGUUAUGCUUCGAUGUUCUUAUAUUGUAAAUAUAGAAAUGCUUUAUUGGGAAUUUUAAAUUAUAAAGAAGAGCAAGUAGGCUGAUCGAGUUAGAUGUAGGUCAUUGAAUCUGCAGAAGCUUUAUUCUAUUUUUAUAAAAAAAGGGCAUUGAUCUGAUCUAAUUAUGAGAAUUCAAUCAAAAGCAGCAUAUUAUCUCUUAAUCAACCUAAAGAAAUUGCGUAA